AUGCAAACAAAGCGUCGUCGUCGUCGUCGUUCGCAUCGCACUGUAGAAACAGAAGGGAGCGGCAUUACAAUCAUGAAAGCGGACGUGAAAUUGCGCGCUGCCACCAUCACCACCACCACCAACGCAGCUCCUGUCACCACCCAAAUUCGUCUCCACUUCCAACACGACUGCAAUCGAUUAAGAGAUGACUUCGUCGUAAUGGUCACUCACCACGUUGUCACCGUGAUGCUCAUCUCCUUCUCCUACGUGACCAACUACUUCCGCAUCGGGACGGUUGUGAUGUUUCUGCACGACGCCUCCGACUUCUGGCUUGAGGCCGCGAAGAUGUUCAAGUAUGUUGGCAGCUUUUGGCCCUGUAUGGGAUGCUUCUGUGUCUUCAUCCUCGUCUGGAUCGUCACCCGCCUUUACUGCUUUCCAUUCCGAGUCAUCGCGUCGGUCUUCUUCGAAGCUCCGGGUUUAAUCGGUCGCUACCCGGCGCUGGAUAUGUUCGCGGCUUUCUUGUCCGUCCUGCAGGUGCUGCACAUCUUUUGGACCAUUCAGAUCAUCCGAACAGCUGUCAAGCCCUUCACCACCGGCCAGCUUACUUCCGACGCCCGAAGCGACAGCGAGAUGUCGGAGACGGACAACGAUCACACGCACGCCAGCGACCUCUCUCUCAGGAACGACCACUGCAACGGUGGUGCUCAAAAUGGAAUCACCAGAUCCGAAUGA